UUUCUCUCCUUCCACCUCACUCCCCUCUCUGUUCUUUCUCUCUGUCCAACAUUUCUCCAGAGCCGUCUUGCGCUUCCUACUGCUCUUCUGGUACAAAUCUGGCAUGCAGACUUCCCCUCCUAUUACCCCCCUGGACAGGGAGGCACAGCUCGGCAACGAUGAGGACCACGAUGACCACCAGGAUGACAGCUCCUUUGUGGGCCAGCGGUCAGGGAGGGUGAUGAGGCCGUUGGGCAAUGCUCCCUCUGUGCAGACCCGUCUGUGGGCAGCCCCCAGUAGGGAGAAGAGGUGUGCUGUGGAGGAGGAUCUGACCUCUAGUCCCACUGCCCUGGGGGUCCAGGAGACCAUAGCAGAGUCCAUGUACAUUGGACGCCCGCUGGUACACUUGCUCUGCCUGGGAAUGUGUGGGAGAGGCUCCUGGAAACCAUGGCUCGUGUCUGGAGCCAUGGAAAUGACCAGUUUUGGUUUGCUGAGUGACACUAAAUCUCUGAACCGGCGGGAGAGGGCGGAGGUGAGGAGGAGAGCCUUUCUGCUUCUGUACUACCUGCUCCGCUCCCCUUUCUACAACAGAUUCUCUGAGACAAAGAUCCUGUUCCUCCUCCGGUUUCUGGCAGACAAUGUUCCCGGCGUCGGGCUGGUUGCUCGCCCUCUAAUGGAUUACCUACCUGUCUGGCAGAAGAUCUACUUCUAUAACUGGGGCUGAGGGCAAGAGGUGGUUGAAGGUCUCCUGGCCAGCUGGAUAGGGAUCGACACUAAAGAGGGAGACUCAGUAAAAUACAGAGCCAGAGACACACAGGGACUCAAGUCCCCCACAGACUCACUGGAAACCUGUGCUGGUUAAUCUGCUGUACUUCAACUGGGGACCCUCAAAUCAGAUCCAACAUGCUGUUCUGUUGCUAGGGCAUGCCAGAGUACCUUACGGAUCCUUCUGUUCUGUUGCUAGGGCAUGCCAGAGUACCUUACGGAUCCUUCUGUUCUGUUGCUAGGGCA